GCAGCACUUGCAGCAGGACGCGCCGGCUCGUUGAUCGCGCUCUCACGUGCGCACUUGGAUCUGACGGACGCGGCGCAGCGUCUGACGUGCCCCGCAGCCUCGGCUCUGCUCGUCAUCCCAACCAUGUCGGCGUACACGGACAGCUGCAGCAUCUCGCGCGCGACGAUGCGCAGCACCUUGUUGGAAUUCCAGGCCACAUAGCACCAAGUCGCUUGCGCAAAGUACUGUACAGACCGCCACGAUGCUGGAGUUCCGGACGCAGGGCUACAACGGCUACGGCGUCAAGUACUCGCCGUUCUUCGACUCGCGCAUCGCCGUCGCCAGCUCCGCCAAUUUCGGGCUCGUAGGGAAUGGACGCCUGUACAUUCUGGGGCUGACGGCGAACGGCAUUGUGGCCGAGAAGUGGUUCGACACGCAGGACUCGCUCUUCGACACGGCGUGGUCGGAGGCGCAUGAGUCGCAGCUCCUCACGGCGGGCGGCGACGGCAGCGUGAAGCUCUUCGACACCAACGUGGCGCAGUUCCCGAUCCAGUCGUGGAGCGAGCACGCGCGCGAGGUCUUCAGCGUGCACUGGAACCUCGUAGCCAAAGACACCUUCCUGUCGUCAUCCUGGGACGGCACAGUCAAGAUCUGGAACCCCAACCGCAACGCAAGCAUCACCACCCUGCCCACCCACAGCUGCACCUACAGCGCGCAGUUCAGCCCGCACGCGCCCGCCCUCGUCAGCAGCGUGAGUUCAGACUCGCACCUGCGCGUCUUCGACCUGCGCACGCCCGCCAGCGCCUCCAACCACCUCACCCUCAGCAUCGCACUGCACACCCCCCCCACGCCACGCAUCGGCACCCCGGCCCCCGUCGGCGUCGCGCCGAGCGAGGCCCUCACGCACGACUGGAACAAGUACCGCGACACCAUCGUGGCCGCCGCGGGCGUCGACCGCCUGAUCCGCGUCUUCGACAUCCGCAUGCCGGGCGCAGGGCCCAUUGCCGUGCUGCCCGGCCACGAGUACGCCGUGCGCCGCCUGAGCUGGAGUCCGCAUCUGAGCGAUCUGCUGCUGAGCGCGAGCUACGACAUGACGUGCCGGGUGUGGACGGACGGGAGUGCGCUGGGCGCUGCGGGGCCGGAUGUGGCGGGCGAUGCGAUGGUGUACGGUGGCGGGCGCGAGAUGGGGCGUAUGGGGCGGCACACUGAGUUUGUGACGGGUGUGGAUUGGUGCUUGUUUGGUGCUGAGGGGUGGUGUGCGAGCACGGCGUGGGACGAGCGGGUCAUGGUGUGGGAUGCGCGGGCGCUGAUGCGCUGAUGCGCUGAUGCGUUGAUGUGCUGCUGUUGAUGUGCUGCUGUUGAUGCGCUGAUGUUGAUGCGCUGAUGUUGGUGUGGUGCCGUGUCAACGAGUCACUGAGACAGGGGCGAGGACAAGGCGCGAGAAGAGAGAAAGGAUAUAGUAACGUUCUAUCGUGCAUCAUGGGUAUCGUAAGCGCGUGUCCGUCUCCGCCUCUAUCUGCACCUGCAGCAACCUCUCAUCCCCAUUGACCCCCAAACCCCCAAACCCCAACCCCAGCUCCAACCCCGAAAACAACUCGACGCUACCGGAACAGACUCAGCCGCCCCGAAAACAACCCCACGCUACCGGAACAAACUCAGCAACACCUUCUCCAGUCUCUCCGCAGCCGGAUCGUAGGCAUCGUCCCUUCUGCGGCCCUUGUCGUCAAAUCGCGGCGGAAGCUCAAUGGUGGAAUCAGUGUCCGACCCCGGCGACGCAGCGC